AUUACAAAUCCUUCCUUCCUCUUCUCCGGUCUUUGGCUGGCAAACAGGGAAGCCGGAUUAGAGGCGACUCUGGAUUACAUAUCCACCUGCGGGGUGGAUGCGGGCGGAUUACUAAUGACAGGGGUACCCCCCAUCAUUGGUUAUGUGGCAUUGUUGAAAGACCAGGUUGCCCUUUCGUUUCCUAUUCCUCGCGCCUUUUGCUCACUUUUCUUCGUCCCACAAACCAAAUCGAAAAGAAGAGAGAGAAGAGAGGAGGAGGUCGCCGAUUAUUACUCUAGUGACUCCCCCGCCGUACAUCGACGGUUCCAGCUCUCUACCUCGUCUUCCUCUUUUUUCCUUAGGUUUCUAGCUGGUUUUGUUGGAAGUUUUGCUGCUGGGUUUUGGUUGGUUUUAUUUCUGGUUUUGGUGAAUGGCUAUGAUGAUAUUACAAAUUCGAAGGCGAAACACUCAUCUUGACGGGACAACUUAUGAGGGCCAAUGGUUCAUCACCAUUCGGCAACAUAAAUUGUACCCAAAUGAGUGUCCAAUGUGUCGCUUAAGCAAAUAUCUAAGCCAAAGAAAUCAAGCAUUGAUGCCAUGGAGAGGUUUCAAUUUCAUGAAAAUGAAGACCUUAGAAUCAAUUCAUGGGCUUGCUGAUUUCAAUUGUAGUUCAAAUCAAUUGCUGGGCUUGCUAAUUUCAGGAUUCAUAGUGGAUGAGGAAAACUGGAAAAGUUUAAGUCUUGUAUAAUUGAAUGUAAUCGUAUCAGCUAUAACUUGUUGAUUAUGUACACUGUCAUGCAAUUUUGCAUUGUAAUAAA